CGCGGUUCUAGAUUGGAUAGAGUUCAGUAAGGUCACCAGCCUCGCCGGUACGCGGAUUUAUGUUUCUACGUGCUCUUGCGUUUCUCCAGGAUCUUUUUUCGUGUUGAAAUCGCGCUCGCUCUUUAAUUUCUCUCUCUCUCUCUCUCUUUCUCCCUCUCGCCACGUCCGACGUCCGACCAUCCGACCGCGACAUCGUUCCGUCGCGAACAGUCCGACGAUAGUUUCGCUCGUUCCGCUGUGCUCCGCUGCCAUUUCCGAGCUGUCGUCAUCGUCCGUUUCCCACGGACGCGGGGACGCAGUCGGCCGACGUCAGCUGCUGAUACGUCGCGCACAAGUUCCUUCCGCAGUUCUGAGGAACCAACUUCUUCUCUACAGAGCAGUAGUGCGAGGAACAAAUCAAAAAGGAAGAGGAAAUUGUGAAGAAUAUAAGAGGAUAUUUUCACGCAAAAGAGAGAGAGAGAGAGAGAGAUGGCCAAGAAGACUCAGAUGGUAAUAAUGUAUCUUCUAAAAUACUAAAAGAUCACCAUUCAGCAUUGAAAUUAAAAUGUUGGAUUCUGAGAGAAAUUGAUUUUUGAAAGUAUUUAAUAACAAUGGCAGAAAAUAUAGAGGAAAAUAUUAAUAAAUCAGUGGAAAGCAACAUGUCAGAAAUUUCUAUAGCAGACGACAGAAUAGUUUCCUUCGAUAAGGAAAAUCAUGAACAAAUAAAUAUCGACGAACCAUCUACUUCUAAAGAAUCUUCAGACAUUACUGCUGAAAAAGAGAAAAUCGAAGAUACGGAUUUACAUAAUUCCGAACAGCAACAAAAUACUUCUAAAACUGAUUGCAAUGGAGAUUUGAAGGAGAAAACUAAUCCCAAGAAGAUUGAAUCUGGGACUAUUGAAUCCGGGAUUAUUGAAUCUGAGAUUAAACCUUCCGAGACUAACAAAUCUGAGACCAAAGAUAGCAGUUUCAAUGAAUCUAGUUCUGCAGAAGCAAAGAUAGAUGACACCAUUUUUGCUACCACUCUACAGAGUAGCUUAAAUGAGAUCAUAAAAGUUGUUCAUGGAGAUUUGGCGAUGGAGAUACUCCGAUGUUCUAAUGAUAUUACGGAAAACAAUGACGAAGAGAAUAAUGAAAAAGAUCAACAAACGGUAAGGAAGGAAGAUGACGUUUCGAAAGAUGAUACGACUGACAGUGCAAAGGAAUGUACUGUUUUCCCGACCGCAGAGGACAAAAAUGAUUCGAGAGAGUCUUCGAACAAAACGGAAGAGAAAUCAAACAUCGGAAUUGUUCAUUCUCCGACCGCGUUUGGCGAACUUAUUGAAGAACAGCUUGCUAGCGAUUCUGCAUUAUCGACUGAUCGCGCGGAUCACAUAGUAGAAUGGGUCAAAAACUCGGUGGUAAACGCCAACAAGGAGGGUACUAUUGUCGAAAAAAGUAAAUUUAAGAUAUAUGAAGAAAACACGACGAACGAGGCAGAGAAACGAAAGAUGACUACUGUCACUCCACCUUUCAUAUCACCCAAAAAAUCGUUGAAGAUAGUAGUUAACAACAUUAUAAAGAAGAGUAUUAAGUGUUUAAACAACAAGAUGCACGCGAUGGAGGGUGCGACCGAGAGUAAGCGAAAGGUGGAUACCGCAGAGGAUGACAAGACGUCCAGAUCAUCGCCGUCGCCGAAAGUACCUCAAAGCCAGCAGAACGGCGCCGCUCUUCCGGAGGAAACAGCGGCAGCGCCGACGGCAUCGGUGGGUCGUCCACGCAAGAAGAAGGACGACUCGCGCUGCGAUACUGAGACUUCGAAUACUAAGGGCAGACAGCUGCUUGCGAGUACGUCGCGACAAAGUGCGACGACUCCAAGUGAUGUCGUGCAGCCGCGUCACGUUAAAGCAGGGUCUGAGCCGGUUGAGAUUAGAAAACGGAAGUCAACUCUACAAGUUUCACCUCACUCAGGAAAUCCUCCUAAGAAGAAAUUUCGCGACAACUACACACGAGAAGAAUACAUUUCGAAUAUUGUGGGCGACAACAACGAAAGUAUUGAAGACCUUGUGGCAAAAGCUGAUCAAUUGCGAGCCGAUAUUUUAACACUUGAAAACUUAGCACAUGCCAAAGAAAUGGAAUGGAAUGAGAUCUUGAGGAAGAGGAAACUCAAAGAGGAGGCAUAUCAGAGGCUCGAAAGGAAGAUACAAACAACAGCUUACAUGGAAAAUGACGGUCAGUUGUCGGAAACUUUACCGCCACGAUCAUCUGUGAGUUCGGCCGAAUGGGAGAACAAUGGCAGCAAUUCCGUAUCGAAGGAGAGAUCUUUCGAAAUUAAGGAAGAUUUAGGCGAGAGAUCUUCGGAUUCAUCAGGUUCGAAGAAAGAGAAAAUCCCGAAAGCUAGCUCGCAACAACGAGCGACUCCUCCGAAAACCAAUGGCGAGAGCAGUCGUAAACAGAAUGAGGUGUCGAGUCCGGAAAGUCGGCAGAUCGGAGAAGGCCGUCAAGGUGCAAUAGUAGAUGUCAGAUCCAUUAUUGCCGACCACAGGCUUAAGCAUCCAGAAACUGUACCAAGAAGCACCAUUCCCAAUUGUAGAGGACGACGAUUGAGAAAUUCGAACGUGAACAUCAAUCUCGGUGCUGGCGGCGCUAUGGUUGAAACUGGACACAAUGCUGAUUCGAGACCAUCUAGCACAGAAUCGUGCAAAAGUAAUCCAAGCACGAACGAUCCCAUGAACUAUAAAGACAUGCUAGUACAAUUUGCUAAGUUGAGUCAGCAAGGUGAACCCAAGGUACCGCAGAAUUAUCCAGAUGUGACGCUUCAUCCUGUGACACUUUCGUCUGCCCAGAAUACUCAGCCAACCGGCUCGUUGCUCCAUGGAAUUCUAACAAAAGCUCAAACGCCGAGAUCCUCGACUUUUUCACCUACUUUAGCAAGAUUACUCACUGCGCCUGAAAGAGAAAGGAGUUCCCCGGCGGCCGCAGCGGCAGCGGCGGCGGCGGCGGCAGCAGCGACGUCAGCGUCUAUGUCGCAGCCAAGCGCCACGACUCAGCACCUUUUGCAGACAUACCAAGGCUCUAAUAUGGUUUCUAUAAAUGAUCUCCUGUCUUCUUCCAAGGCUCGCACAGAGAUAACUAUAACCCCCGUCGUUAACACUCCCGCGCAAUCUCACUCCAACGAUUUAAUUCAAGUGGAAGAUAUAGAGGACGAAACAUCGCUAAUUGAUGAUAGGAAAGGAAACUCAGUGAUUGGAAGAGAUGGUAAACAAAUAGUGAAGGACAAUCCACCUUCACCAAAUGCUCCGCCAAAAUGUCAGGGAUGCAUAAUUCGACCCGCACAGUUUGUUUGUGCCGGAUGUGGAAAUCAGUGGUAUUGUAGUCGUUCAUGUCAGGUACAUGUCAUGUCAAGUGCACACUUGCUGCAUGGGCAACACACUCCGAUCACUGUCCGCCGGAGCCCGAGAAUAGCAAAACAAAGACCAAUGUUUAACUCCCGAGAUCCCUGCAUGUCCGAUGUAUACAAUGGCAUCAGGCAAGAAAUAUCAAUAUAACUGAGUACGAAUCUAGUCAAGGAAGGAGUUCAAGGAUGUAAUUCAUAUUGAGGGACAAAUGAGAUGCGGAGAGGAUCGAAAAGGGAUUAUCGUGUGUGUGUAUCGUAUUGAUGAAUAUUGAAAAAAAAGAAAGAUCGAAGUGAAUGGAUGAUGUCCUAUUUAUCACAAGCAUUUACUGAUCUCCCAUCUUGAAGGAGAUUUCACGCUGUCACGUUCUGUUCUUUGCAGAACGAAUUCGUGAAUUUUCUUGCACUUUGCUCGAGCUUUAGACGAAAAUUGUCUUCUUUGGAUGAUAAAAAUUUCAAUGACGCGAUAAUCGAUGCUAUUGAUUAACGAGCCUUGUGUGUUAUGUAUAAUUCUUUUUCUUUUAGACUUUACUACACUAGUCGAAAAUUUUUGAAUGCUCGAAAAAUGAGCGAGAAAGAGAAUAAGUAAUUUCGUGGCGCUUUGUGGGAGUGGAGCACAAUACUAAGUAACGCGAUGCUGUAUAUAAUUUUAUACAAUUUAAGAGAGUUAUUCAGCGUCAGAUUUUAGAACGUCGAUUAAUCGCGUGCCAUGUGUAAGAUCGGGGGCGGAUUGGCCAUCAGCCUUCUGAAAGAUAUCGAGAGAU